AUGAGGCAAGCUGGCUUCCAAGCGAUGCCAGCCGUGGUGUUUCUGCUUGGGGCAGUGGCAGCCCUGGCUGCGCUUGCAGUCCCCAGCGAGGGUGUCAGCGUGACCCCCUCCAUCGUGGGCGGUGCCACGGCUCCCCAGGCCAGGUUCCUUUACCAGCUCGGGGUCAAGGUCGGCAAGUCGGGCGCAUGCGGCGCGUCCCUGAUCCGUGAGGAUGUGGCGCUCUCUGCCGCGCACUGCACCAUCAAGGCCUCAAAGAAGUACCAGAUCUACGCAGGCGCCUACACCAACUACGACAACGCCAACACUGAGGGCUCACCAUUUGCCAUCUCCAAGGUCCUCAACCACCCCUUGUAUGGCAAGGUAAAGGCCAACGGCGAGGAGGAGUACAACAACGAUGUGGCGAUCGUCUUCCUGACGCAGUGUGUGACUCCAGGGACGCCCAACGUCCAGGUGGUCAAGCUCGCCACGGCUGCAGAGUUUGCCGCUGCCAACGCGUCGACCUGGGUGGUUUCUGGCUGGGGCACUACCUCUCAAGGCGCGGACGCGGAGGGGCAAGAGGGUGCCACCCCUGAGAAGCUGCAGUACGCGCUGUUGAAGUACAACCCCACCUGCGCCGACUCGCAGAACGACCCCACAAACAUCUGCACAACGGGGCUGCCCAAGGUGGAUGGCGGCAGCGUGCCCGUCCAGGACUCCUGCCAGGGCGACAGCGGCGGCCCGCUGACCUUCAACGUCAAGAACGCCGCCAACCCCCUGGCUGGCACUGCCGCGGACGACCGCCUUGUUGGCGUUGUCUCGUACGGGAAUGGAUGCGGUCAAGCCGGCAACCCUGGCGUCUACGCGUCGGUUCCUUUCUACCUGGAGUACAUCGGCUGGCAGCUGGACGCGGUGAAGAAGGCUUGUGUUGCCACGGCCGACCUGACAUUCGUCCAGGUCUCAAACACCAGCAGCUGGUUCGCCAAGCCCUCCAAGUCCACAAAGCUCAAGGCCGGCCAGGGCUUCACCGAAUGCCAGGCCGCCUGCGCCGCCGCGGCCAACACGAAGAAGGGGUGUGCCGCAUUCAGCCUGAACGUGAAGCCGGGCAGGAACGCGGACACCACCUUCUGCGAUCUGCACGCCCCCUUUGUCCCCGUGAGGCUGUGCACCACCGGAGACGAGCGCAAGUUCAGCUGCGCACGCACCCCCAUCGGCUCCUGGAGGGCUAAGUACGUCUACACCUCCUAG